AUAUAGUGAAUGCGGGGUCUGGGGAGACCAGAUAUAGUGAAUGCAGGGUCCUGGGAGACCAGAUAUAGUGAAUGCAGGGUCCUGGGAGACCAGAUAUAGUGAAUGCAGGGUCCGGGGAGACCGGAUAUAGUGAAUUCAAGGUCCUGGGAGAGCGGAUAUAGUGAAUGCAGGGUCCGGGGAGACCGGAUAUAGUGAAUGCAGGGUCCGGGGAGAGACCAGAUAUAGUGAAUGCAGGGUCCGGGGAGAGACCAGAUAUAGUGAAUGCAGGGUCCGGGGAGAGACCAGAUAUAGUGAAUGCAGGGUCCGGGGAGAGACCAGAUAUAGUGAAUGCAGGGUCCGGGGAGACCAGAUAUAGUGAAUGCAGGGUCCUGGGAGACCAGAUAUAGUGAAUGCAGGGUCCGGGAGACCAGAUAUAGUGAAUGCAGGGUCCGGCGAGAGCGGAUAUAGUGAAUGCAGGGUCCAGGGAGAGCGGAUAUAGUGAAUGCAGGGUCCGGGGAGACCGGAUAUAGUGAAUGCAGGGUCCGGGGAGAGCAGAUAUAGUGAAU